CAUCCCCACUGUUGAGUUUUUUUAUUACACCGUGUUUUAAUUUAUUGAGUAGAAUACUUGUGAAUGAGAUUUAGUAAGUUAUAAUGCGAAAUGGGAUCAGAGCAUCGUUGGAUGGAGUAGCCUAAUUGAUUAUUUCCCACGAAGGACAGUUUCACCUCACUUUUUUUGUUUGUUCAUUCAGAUAUUAAAACAACUUUAAAUUGUGUUAUACCACAAUGGAGAAGGUUUCGGAAAGGUUAAACGGAAGACGGUUGUACUUUCCUUGGAGUAGUUAUCGUGAGUUUGCUGCCAGCUGGUGCAAUGGAGAAAUUCCACCGAAACCGGUCAGUGGCGUUACCGGUGGAGUUACUGUUCUACCUCCGGUCAAACCAGACAGCGGGCCUCAAGCUUUCCCCGAUGAUGAGAAAUCAAAGCUCCCGGUGUUCUCGAUGAACUACGCUCGAGUACAGCUACCGUUUGAGAUCACGUUGUGGGUGCUCCUCGCUUCAUUCGCCAAGAUAGCUUUCCAUUUGUACCAUAAGAUCACUGUGUGGAUCCCAGAGUCGUGCCUCCUGAUCAGCAUCGGUCUGAUCGUGGGCGCCAUCAUGCACUCGGUCCACGAGGUGCCUCCCGCCGUGCUCAGCUCUGACGUCUUCUUCCUCUUCAUGCUGCCUCCCAUCGUGCUGGACUCUGGGUACUUCAUGCCCACCAGGCCCUUCUUUGAGAACGUUGGCACGGUACGUCUGUGGUUCGCCGUGGUGGGAACCCUGUGGAACAGCAUCGGGAUCGGCAUGUCUCUGUUUGCCGUGUGUCAGAUCGAGGCGUUCGGCGUCCAGGACAUCAACCUGCAGGAGAACCUGCUGUUCGCCUCCAUCAUCUCCGCCGUGGACCCCGUGGCGGUGCUCAGUGUGUACGAGGACAUCUCCGUCAACGAACAGCUCUACAUCGUGGUGUUCGGGGAGUGUCUGUUCAACGAUGCCGUCACUGUUGUGCUGUACAACAUGUUCAGCUUCGUAGCGGAUAUGCCGGUGGUGGAGCCGGUGGACGUGUUCCUGGGCGUGGCGCGGUUCUUCGUGGUGGGCCUGGGCGGCCUGGGCUUCGGCGUGCUGUUCGGCUUCGUGGCGGCCUUCACCACGCGCUUCACCGGCAACGUCAGGGAGAUCGAGCCCCUCUUCAUCUUCAUGUACAGCUACCUGGCCUACCUGGUGGCUGAAAUGUUCUCCAUCUCCAGCAUCAUGGCCAUCGUGACCUGUGCCCUCACCAUGAAGUACUACGUGGAGGAGAACGUCUCCCAGCGCUCCACCACCACCAUCCGCACCGUGGUCAAGCUGCUGGGCACCGUGUCCGAGACGCUCAUCUUCUUCUUCCUGGGAGUGGUCACCAUCACCACGGAGCACGAGUGGAACUGGGGCUACAUCCUGUUCACCCUGCUGUUCGCCAUACUCUGGAGGGGCCUGGGUGUCCUGGUGUUGACCCAGAUCAUUAACCCCUUCCGCACCAUCCCCUUCAACUUCAAGGACCAGUUUGGCCUGGCCUACGGAGGCCUGAGGGGGGCCAUCUCCUUCGCCCUGGUCUUCACCCUGCCGGACAACAUCGGCCGCCGGCAGCUUUUCAUCACCGCCACCAUCGCAGUCAUCCUUUUCACCGUCUUCAUCCAGGGUAUGAGCAUACGGCCUCUGAUCGAGCUCCUCAACGUCCGCAGAACCAACCGGAACCUGGACACCAUCAACGUAGAGGUCCAUGCCAGACUCAUGGAGCACACCAUCGCUGGCAUUGAGGACCUCUGUGGCCAGUGGGGACACUUCUACUGGAAGGAUAAGUUCAUGAAGUUCAACAACCUGGUUCUGAGGAGGAUCCUGAUCAGGGACGACAGGGCUGAGUCCAGCAUCGUGGCGCUGUACAAGAAGCUGGAGCUGCAGAACGCCAUGGAGAUCCUGGACUCUGUGUCUGAAGCCAACCUCUCACUCACCAACCUGAGUGAAAAGAAGACCUUCCUCAAAUCCAAGCAGAAGUUCCUGGCGGGUGACCUGAGGAACAUGCACGACAUCCUGUCCAAAAACAUGUACAAGAUCCGCCAGAGGACGAUGGCGUACACCAACAAGCACGAGCUGCCCAACGAGAACAGGACCAAGGAGAUCCUGAUCAGACGACACGCCAGCAUCAGACGCAGCCUGCGACCCGGAAGCUUCCAUGACCAGACUAUACCCAAGUCCCAGAAGUACUUCUCUCUGCCUGCUGGGAAGAAUCUGGACUCUCAAUUCCCUCGUAAGAGGAUGAGUCAUGCAAGUGAUGAGGACACCAAGUCGGAGGUGGCCUACCCUCCAGCCCGCUCCAGGCGGGCCCAGCAGAGAGCGUCCCGGGUCAUGAUGCCUCUCCACAGGCUGGACACCCUGGUGGAGAGGCCCUCUCUGGACGUGGUGGACGAGAGGGGGCCGCGGGGGCACGCCGCGUCCCGGGUCGCUUCGUCCUCCUCGGACUCCCGCGUCCCCGCCCCUCAGCGCCACUUCCACCCCUCCCCGGAUCGCCCCGGCAACGGUGCCCAUGGUAGCAACAAUGUGUUUGAUCCUCAGGAGGAGGGGGAGGAGCCUCAGGCCAUGCCCCCCUCUUGGGCCGCUGAGCCUCGCGACGGGUCAGGCGGAACGCGGAACCCCCUUCUUAAGAGACCCCAGUGGAACCCUCGCAAGAACCCCUGAGAACCCUGUUUGAACUUGGAGAGCUUUCCUAGAAGCAGGUCUGCUCUGGCCGGACCCUCCGCUCAACCCAGGGUUCUAGAACCUCAGAACUGUGGAACACCUGUCUGCGGGCAUGUACUGUGUGUACAUACAUCACGUUUCUUAGUUUUUUUUUUUAUAUCCAAUGUGGUCAGGGAGUUGGAAGUAUGUGUGUGUCUGUGAUAUGUCGGGAUUGACAGAGUUGUGAAAAGGGUGUUAAAGAAUAUGUUGUGCUUAUUAAAGUUAUGCAUUGUGCUUAUUAAAGUUAUGAACUUAAAAGUGUGCUCAGGCUUAAACAUUGGGUCUCACACUGGGUGUGGGAAGCAGGCUGUUCUUUGUGUCUCUAUCUCUUCAUUUUCAGAAACAACCUUGAAACCGGGUGGAGACGGCACCCGAGCAGGUGGGACGCGUAGGCAAGAACAACUCCCUGAUGCACGAGAGAACAAGCUCAACCCUUUUUUAAUACUUGUGUGUUUCAAUUGCACUGUAUAAAUAUAUGCUGGGGAGGGACAGAUAGCCAGUUAGACUUCGUGAACCAGCCCAAACUCUGUUGCGGGUAGGGAAACGUAGACAACCCCAGAGCUCUGUACUUGUUGAUUUCCAACUGCU